GUACCGGCGACUGCCAAGCGUGAUGUCGGCCUGCCUGCUGAUCCUAAUCGGCCUGCCUGGCAGCGGCAAGACGACGCUGGCUGGCCGACUGUGCGCCCAGCUGGCCGACAUCUAUCACCUGGUCCACGUCGAGUACGACGCGGUCAUCGAUCUGGAGGAGCAGGUGCGGCUGCAGGCGGCGCGUGCUGCCGGCGACGACGACGACGCCUGGCGCGCCGCGCGCCGCGCGCUCGAAGCGGCCGUGGAGGCGAUGCUGACUGGCGGCGAGGUGCCGGCUGACACGCUGCCGGCCGUGCUCCGCCAGCCGGUGGCUCGCCCUGCCGGCCGGCCGGCAGGGCGGCCGGCCGUCCUCAUCAUUGACGACAACAUGUACCUGCGCAGCAUGCGCUACCGCUUCUUCCAGCUGGCGCGCCGACUGCGGCUGGGCUUCGCGCAGGCGCUGCUGGCGACGCCGGACGCCGAGUGCCGCCGCCGGAACGCCACGCGUUGCCGACCUGUGCCCGAGGCGGCCAUCGAUGCGAUGGCGGGACGGCUGGAGCGGCCGCAGCCGGCGCGCCUCUGGGAGGCUCGCAGCGUGACGCUGCCGGCCGACGUGGACCUAAACACGGAGCCGGCGGACGAGGAGCGGUUCGCGGAGGCGGUCAGUCAGCUGUUGGAGGCGGAGCUGGAGUGUAGUGUGACGGACGCGUGA